CAUGAAUUGAAAUGCUAACGUUACUCUGUUCGUGAAAGGAUGGACACCUUCUUGUUAUACAAUGACGCUUCCACUAACCAGACGCAAAAAGUGUGUUUGUUACUUCUUUGUUUGCGCUCUGGUGUAUAUACAGUUUUUAGUUCUGUUAUACUUACACACAUUCCGAAACACUUACUCAGUUGACUUUGGAUUUUCCCAACUUAAAAACCACACAGUUUUAAUAUUAGAUCAUGGCGAAAACACUCAAUGUCUUCGACGCAACAAGUAUGUAUGGAGUGCGUAUAACCGAACACAUUCCGAAAGCUGCCGAAAAAUAUUUAUUGGUCUAGGAUGUACAUCCUUUAUAUACGACAACUUCUCUCGUAGUUUGUGUCAUACUCAAGGUAAUAUCUGUUAAAAUGGAUUUUUUUUGCUCGUGGUGAAGAAAAAUAUUCAAACACUUCUCUUGUAUUCAUUUCUAGUGGCGCUACGUUCUGUCGUCAAUGUGUUUAUAUUCCGUUGAUCUUGUGCAUUUUGUUACAUCCACCACCAAUUCGCUCAUUAGACGCCAAAGUUGACUGAGACUCCAAAAACUAGCCCUGAGGUCUGGACAUGGUAGCUUAAAAGCUGUCAGUUCCCAAUACUGGCACCUAUCGUGUUCGAUUAUACCUGUUUACUCAAUGCACUUCCCUGAAGUUGUUUGAGUUGCCUACAAUUUGUUUCGAAAAUUAAGAUGAGUCCUGCUUCUUAGGUCGAAUUCCAGUGAUUUCUAUCUACGUAAAGAUGAUCUGAAUAAGUGGUGUGCCGACUAAUUUGUUACUCCGUAGUUAUGCCUUUAAUUAGGUAAGCAGGUCGCACUUUGUUGGCGCUUUGGAUUUUCUGGUGUAUAUAAGACUGUUGAUGGCAGUUUACUGCAUUUUGUUUAGUUUUGGUUAUAUGAUUGCGUGUUUGCUUCACAUUGUGGUAACUGAUUAUCUUAGUUUUCUAUAUUAACAUUUAUGGGUCGCUUUGCAGAUGUCUUGAUUGCAAAUGGAGAUACAGUUUUACAGGACAGUACGAUGGUCUAUAAUCACUGUAAAAGUGUAGGUAUAUUGUUGUGUGGUGAGCAUUGGAAAUUUAAUGAAGUCAAAGUUGAAGUGCUGAAAAAUCGGUGGCAGACGUAUUCACUUUUCAUCUCUCUGAUAAUCUUGCUUGUGUUAUCACUGUAUGCUAUCUGCGUCGUACCUCUGUUAUAGAUUUCCAUUAUGAAUAUACUUGUUGCCUCACUGCUUUAACUGUGUGCGGCAGUAUUGCUGAGUAUCUUUUUGUAUGACAACCAUGUUUAGUUUUGUAUAUUCUGUUUGGUUCCAGUGUUUAAUUGCAGAGUAACCUAGUGUGCUUUGUACCUAGUGUAAUAUUCUCAUAAAGUUUCCAUAUUGUGUAGACAUCUUUCAUGUUUUGUGCUCUUUGUCACUUCUAAAGUCUAAAAUGACGGAUUUCCUUUACAAUGUUUUAAGGACACCGCAAACCAUUAGUGUACGCCCUCUAAUGUUUACCAUGUAUUAGCGUGUUACGCUAGCCAGCUCAGUUUUCAAUUGGUGUAAAGUAUUAGAAUUUUAACCACACUAGCCACCAUUUCACAUUUAGCGCCUCUUGGGAGUGAUCACUGACGGUUAUUAUUUUGUUCUUUGUCCUUUAAGUACAUAUAUGACUCAAAUAUUUCCUAACUUUUAUUUGAAUUUAGUGAUAAACCAUUUAAUUGAUUUUCAGAAAACCUGAAUGAGCGACCAUCCUUUCUAGGAUGCUACCUCAUCAGGCUUAAUGAACUUAAAGUCGUAAAACCAGGUGAAUACAAGCUUGAUGAUGAUUGUAUAAGCAUAUGUCGUUCUCUUGGGGUAGCCUAUUCAUGGUUGGGUCCCAAUCGCACUUGCUGGUGUCGGAUGAAUUUUCCCGACAAAUCAAGUGGUGUGUCACUUUCUCAGUGUUCAAUGAACUGUGUUCUUGGAGAACGUGGUUUCAGUGAGGAUAACCACUUAUGCCCCGACCUAGUUCCUGUUCGCAUUUAUGCAACCAAGGCGAAUCCUCCUUACCAUCCUGUUCCCCUCCCUUUAAAGUCUGGGCUUGUCGACCUACAGUUGACAGAACCUAUAAGAAUUGUUUACUUACUUGUCUGGAAUGGAAGAAGCUGGUUUCAUAUCCGUCGAAUGUUCAAGCUUAUUUAUCAUAUUCGACAUUACUUUUACAUUCAUGUCGAUGCGCGAUGCGAUUAUUUGUUUACAAUGGUGAAAUCAUUUAUUCGGAAUUAUCCCCCAAAUGUUUAUAUAACACCCACGCGACUUUCACCAGUUUGGGGUGGACAAAGCCUACUUGAUAUGUUCCUGUCAUCAUUGAAAGAUUUAUCAACCAACAUGCGCGAUUGGAAGUGGGAUUUCGUGAUCAAUUUGAGUGAAAGUGACAUGCCUAUUAGACCGAAUCAUGAACUGGUUACUUACUUGAGUCACAAUCGAGAUAAGAUUUUCCUACGUUCAUUCAGUCAUACUGGGCAAAGUUUCUUAAGAAAUCAAGGUUUCGGUCAAUUAUUUCUAGAAUGUGAUUCCUACGUAUGGCAUUUAGGCGAACGACCUAUCCCACCUAGAAUUAUUUUAGACGGGGGUUCAGACUGGAUGAUACUACCGAAAGUAUUCGUCGAUUAUGUUAUUCACAGUGAGGAUCGUUUGAUACACGAUGUAAAAGAAUAUUUUCGUUAUAGUCUACUACCAGUUGAGAGUUUUUUUCAUACCGUCGCACAGAAUACGCAUUUUUGCACUUCAGUUAUCAAUCAUUAUCUAAGAUUCAUCAAUUGGAAAAGACCACAAGGCUGUGGAUGUAAGUAUGGAAGUGUGGUUGACUGGUGCGGUUGCUCUCCACUAACUCUGAAUGGACCAAAAGAUGCUGAAUCUCUGUGUGAACUAACUGGGAAAUGUUUAAAGCCGAACUAUGACUUACAACCUUUAUUUUUUGCACGCAAAUUCGAUUCAACCAUUGAUAUUGGGAUAAUAAAUUUUAUUGUAUCGAAAUUAUUGGAGCGUCAUGAUAUAAAAGCAAUUAUCUGACAGCAAACGGUGCGUCCCAUUAAGUUAUUGAAAUCUGUAUUGAGACGAAAUUCAUUCGAUUGCUUUAGCAAUAUACCGUUUCUUAAUAAACAUUAUGUUACCAGUUUAGCAUGAUCCAAUUGUUCGAAAUUCUCUAUUCCGUGGAUUUUAUGAUAAUUAUUGAUAGCAGACUAAUUAACUGGAAGAAUUGAAGGUUCGUGUUUCUUCCAUUUUAGUUCGUUUUCAUCAGUUUUGUCCCACAGUGGAGCGGUAGCCUUUACUGAUUAGCGUUUUGAACAUAAUUUGUUGUCCAUAGUCAUAUUUAAGUUCUUUUUUUACUGUGUAAUGCGUCUGACAAAAAAAACUAAAACUAAGUUGCAAUCAGUGACAAGCGCCCAAGUUUUGCCUCAGGUUCACGUUUCUACUGCAUAAUAAAUGAAUCGUUCAAUAUUCCUUUCCAAUGGAAAUGGAGUUGGGUUGACUACCUGUUGACUCUUCUCCACGGUAGCUACUAACCAAGUUAGUAACCCUUGUGUCAUGAGUAAGCAGAAGUAUUCUCGUCCUAAGUUGAAACUAUAACAGUAGCUUUUAGUCACUGAAAAAGCAAUCACUUUCAUGAUACUUGGUUUAAUCUGUGUUUCACUGUUCUUAGAUCUGCUGACGAAUCUGGGUACAGGCUUUUUCUAUGGAUGUGUUCAAUAUGCGACUUUGAAAACACAGGCAAACCACUGUUGGUGUGAACUUAAUAAGGAAGACUUGUAUAAGAUGUUUGUAUACGAGUGAAUUAUACCAUUAACAGACGAAUAGAGAGGUUAGCUCAUUGAAUACACUAGUGAUUGUUUUGCUGCAUUGUAAUUUCAUUCACUGUGAAAUGUCAACCUGAAUGCAGUGAGUGACGUUCAACCAAUAUUUAAUCGUGCUUUGAACCAUCAUGUCUAAACUUGUCGAAACAUAUAUAAAUAAUCAGCAGUUGAAUUUCUAGUCAGAGUAGAUGUGUUAACAACCUCCAAAUCCCAUUUUAAAUACUGGCCUACGUCUUUUCCUAUACAUUGCGGAUACAACCGACUUAAGAUAUAAAGAAGGCAGUUAAACUGUUUAUCUUAUCCUGUAGUCAUCCGACUGACAGAAAGAUGGUAAUAUAGGUGCUUUCAUUCUGGAUCUGUAGAGCUAUGGUUAAUUAGUCUUAGCACUUGAUUUCCAACCGAUGGAUUAUGGGUUCGAAUCAAGCUCUACCUUCUGAGGUUUGGGCAGCCAGGUAGUAUCAUUAUCUUUCAUACAAUAGGUGUGACUCAUUACCUACUGCAUUAAUGUACACAAGGUUGCUAUGACUGGACUUUGACUUUUUUUCCAUUGUAGAUCUAUUGUCUAUCUAGAUCAUAGUAAGACAUUUUGUUUUGGCCAGAAUUCAGUUUUGCGAAAACUCCCACUUAUAGAUUUAAAAAGCAUGAAUUUUUCCAAUGGGCCUGUCAUCAACGUUUCUACACUAAUAUAUAGCAGAUUUCAAACAAUCCAG